AUUUUUUAAGAUUUCAUAUUUUUAACAUGGUUAUUAUGUACUGCUAAUUUAAUUUAAAUAUGAAUGUUGGAAAAUUCAUUAAAUAUUUAGUGCCGUUUUAUUUAUUGACAAGGAUGUAAGCGCUUGUAUACCUUUGAUGACCUAAUUUGAAGACAUAUGUACAGGUAGGAGCCAUAGUUGGAAUUUCGAGACCUCACCUGUGUCCCCUAAUUACAGGUGAAACAUAGACUCGACCAGCAUUUUCGAACGUGAAAACAACAAUUCAAAAUGGCGAACAGCGUAAAAUACCAGAUAAAUCCAGGGAUGCGCCUUUUUUGGUGCAGUCUGAUUGCGACGAUCAGUGCUUUCUUCUUCAUGUUCCUCGCGUUUUGCAGUCCGUUUUGGUACCAGUCCUGGCGUAGAGUUCACAGUCCUCUGGCUAACGUUGGUCUCUGGCAUAUUUGCCUGUCCGGAUACGUAAAGCCGAAAGAUCCUUCACUUCAGAGCUAUGUGGGAUGCUGGUGGAUUCACUCAACGUUCUUCAAGGAUGUCGACAACUUUAUCAUGCCACCAUGGUUCCGUGCCUGCCAGGCUCUGGUGUGUUUUGAGUUCCUUUGUUUCCUUGCCUCGCUGUUCCUAUGUGUGUGCUAUCUGGUCGGCAAGUGGCGUAAUGCCAUCUACAAGGAUAGAGAGCGAGACCAGGGACGACUGGUCAUGAUGCACAUCAUCAAUGCUGUUCUUCUGUUUGCUGGUUCUUUCCUUGUAUUCAUUGUGUCCUUGGUGUUUGCGGAGAUGGCGCGUCAGGAAGACUACUUCCCACGUCCCUGGAUGAACUACCUGUCCUGGUCGUAUGGUAGCAACGUGCUAGCUGGGUUCUUCAGCGCCUUUGGGGGCAUCUGCCUUUUCAUCCGAGCCAUGAUCAUCAAGGAGAAACUUUUCAAUGAGGACGAUGUUGAUUAUCAGAAGCGGGAGCUUGGAACUGAAAGCGAGUCUGGGCACACUGGCAUGAUGUCAGUGAAAAGCAAGGGGGAGUCUGAGGUGUAAAAGAAGGCAGUUUUGUUGUUUAAUUAUUUUUGUCGCGCAAUUUGAUACAUUAUUGCUAGGCCUUUUCCUGGACAUUCUUGGAAAAAUGCAGUUUCAGAAUUGGAUUUUGUGUGCGUACAAAAUAAACUGAAUGAGGAAAUACUAAUAUUACAUAACUCUUUAUAAUACUAAUAGUUCAAAUUAUAAGCACUAAGACAUAACAAUUAAAUCUAUAUACUUUGUUAGAUGUACUUAAAAUAAAAUUGAGAUAUAAUAAUCAUUAGUAAUAAUCAUGAGACACUUACUAUGUGAAGUUUAAAAAGAAAAUACAAAUUGGGAAUAUAUUUUUUAAUUGGGAUUUGUUUAAGCAUUAAGCUUUGGUAAUGGGUCCAUUAAUGGACCGGUAGAUAUGCCUGGAAAAGGCCUGGAAGAUUGUUUCGUUGGUUGAUAUUUUUGUCGGACCAUUGAUACAUUAUUUUUGCAGUACAUAUAUUUACCAUGAAAUAGUUAGUUAUUGUGUGUAUAUAUUUCUGUAUAUAGAUGAUGAAACUCAAAAUCUCUCUUUUUAUACACAGUAUAUAUAUUUCUUUAUCAUUUUGCAUAUAAUGAAACACUGUUUAUUAAGUUUUCAAUAUCUGAAAGCUUUUUUAAUACUAUGAACUUGAUUUCUCCAAAAGAUAUUGUAUUUAACCAUUUUGCAAUUAUCAUACCUGGAACAAUUGCACUGUAACGUGAAAAGAACAACCGUGGAACUGAGCAUGCUGUUUAAGUAAUUUGCAGUAUACUGACUUAAAAUUGUGCCAAUUAAUUCAAACAAUUUGUUUAAUAUCUCAAGCUGAUUGUAUUAAAGUAAAAACUUAGCUUCACAAUGUUUACAUAUCUUAAUAAUAAUAUAGGCAAACAUAAGAAUUAAGAAUAUAAACAAAAAACACUUUCAAACACAGUAUGGAGUUAAGAUUUGUUAAAAUUUAUUUUCACUGGUCCGCAGUGUUGAAAUAAGGUUAAUCUGUACAAAGUUUUAUUUUAACAUUAAGUGUUUAAACAUGGACUAAGAUGUCUUCGGACUGAAGAUAUAUUGUAGUAUUUGCUAAUUAAUUGAAGUGGUACAAUUCCGAAUAAUGUCCAGCUUAAUAAAUUAGAACAGAACAAUUACUUAGUUUAAAAAUGUAUUCAAUGAUGAAAACAAGUUAUUGUAAACUGUUCAGAUACUUUGACUUGUUUAUCACAAUUCAAUGCAAUAAAAUUUCUCUUAAAAAUGAUCAUGAUCAAAAUUGUAUAAUGGUCAUAUACCAUUGACAAAUAAUGCUUUUGUUUUUACUACUACCUACGAAAUACUAACAUAAAAUAUAACUGUUUGAUAAGGUAAUAAUAUACAAUGUAAAUGUGAGAUACAUGUAAUCUUUUGUGUAAAUGAUGACAUGUAUAAUAUGCAUUUUUAAGCUUCAGUUAUAACUUUUCAUCAUAAUUGUCGUUGUUGACAUCGUCAUCUUCAUCACGAUUGCAUCCACAACCACCACCAACUUCAUCAGCAGGUUUUUUGUUCAUUAUAAACGGUAGGUUACUUCUUGUUUAUUAACGCUUGUAUCAAAAUCAUAUAUUUUUCCUUUAUUAAAUGUCUAAUUCUUGUACACUUAAAUCAUCAUAUGUGAUCAUUAUUACAUUAAAAUCAUGCCACAUUUUUGUAAAUAUGUCUUUACUAAUAUACCUGUAUGUACAAACAUCUACAUGAAAAAUAAAUUGAAAUAUAUUCA